GCUUGGUGGUCCGAGAUACUAUCGUUGUUGCUAAGUAUGGGUGCUUUAGUCGCGAUUAUCAUUACGCUCGUGAUGUUCAACGGCAAAGAGCAACCAGCCUGGAAAUACAGCAUCAACCUUAACACCUUAAUUGCCAUACUUUCUACAUUUUUAAGGGUGUGUAUGUUGUUCGGGGUCGAAGAAACCAUCAGCCAAGCCAAGUGGUUGUGGUACCGUCGCCCGCAUUCACUUCGACAUAUAGCUCGAUUCGACGAAGCAGCCCGGGGACCUUGGGCAUCUUUGCUGCUUCUUUUCAAACUACGAAGACUUGAUUCAAUUCUUCUUGGUUGCGUAAUUAUAAUCCUAUCAGUUGGUAUAGGUCCUUUCACGCAGCAAGCCCUCAAGUCAAUACCCUGCAACCUCCCUCUCGUUCAAUCGAACUCCUCAAUUCAGAUAGCUCACGUAAUCAACAACACACACAUACGGCGCCUAGGUCCUGGAGACUACGAGUUGGAUUCAGACACUAAGGCAGCAAUUGUAGCUGGGCUAGCUAACCCGACCGGA